AUGGCGUCCCCAUUUUGCCGGAGCUGUCUAUCUAAGCUCCGGAACUCCUCAGUUUCACACACUCCGUCGACGUCAAUACCCCGAAUUGCAGCCGCGCCGUUCCAUUCCACCAGUUCUGUAUACGCCCUCCCGACCAAAAAGUCCCGGAGCCAGGAUUCCGGCCCCAAAUUUCGUGAAGCACGCUCUGCCCGAAUAAAGAGGAAGGCGUCGAAUAUCAAGCAAUGGGAAACGCCGGCGGAGCGCAAAGCCCAGGCCCAUCGACUAGUACUCAGUAAUCCCAAUGCGCUUAACGUUCCCCUAACGGACUUUUCACUCAAUACUAUGACCGAUACAAAGCUUCAUGGGCAAACUUUGGGUAUACCUAUGAACCUGAUCGAAAAUUUAAGGGCGCUAAGGGCGUUUAAGGUAAAACAAGGAUGGAAUAUGUUUCGACGGCCGGGAACGUUGAUGCGAACAGAGACAUUUGAAUUGGCCAACCUAAUGACCGAGAUCAAAGAAAAGCAGGCUGUUGAAGCUACGGCGAAAGUUGUCACUGGUGACAGAGCCGUCGGGAAAAGUGUAUACUUGUUGCAGGCAAUGACUAUUGGUUUGUUGGACAAAUGGGUGGUGAUAAGUAUCCCUGAUGCUGGCGAGCUUGUCAACGGUACUACCGCAUAUUCUCCUCUUCCAGGCUCACAACCAACACAGUACGUGCAAAAGACUGCAAGUGCGCAGUUAUUGGAACGCAUUGCAAAGGCAAAUGAAGCUGUGCUUUCAAAGCUUCACGUUUCUAGCGAGCACCCACAAUUGAAGAAACUUUUCAAUCCUAAAAUGUCCCUUGCUGAACUUGCGACCAUUGGAUCCCAGCAGCCAGAGAUGGCGUGGCCUGUUUUCCAGGCGCUCUGGUCUGAACUGACCGCAACCAGUCCGACGGGCAACGCCGAUUCCUUUACGCCGUUCAAGCCUCGACCACCAAUGCUGGUCACAAUAGACGGUAUUGCGCAUUGGAUGCACAACACGACAUAUAAGAACCCGGACUUUAAACCCAUCCACGCCUAUGAUCUGGUUUUCGUUAAGCAUUUCCUUUCCCUCACCUCGUCCCCGGCUAGUUCUAUGCCGAACGGUGGUUUAGUGCUCUGCGCGACAUCUACAAGCAAUAAUCCUUCCGUUCUCACAUUUAAAGCCGGUCUCAACCACCUUUCCACCACCAGAUCGCACAAUAAUAUUAACCCCAACGAGCUUGCUCUCGAGAUAUAUGGGAAAUCGGAUCCUCGCGUUAUUUCAUUCUUCGAAGAGGCAAAAGGUUUACGCCGGCUUAAUUUGGGAGGACUAAGCAAGUACGAAACAAAAUGUCUGCUGGAGUACCUUGCUCGUAGUGGAAUCAUGCGUAAGCAAGUCACUCCAGAACUUGUCUCUGAGAAAUGGGGCCUUUCUGGCGGCGGUGUGAUUGGAGAACUGGAGAGACUGGGAAAGCGAAUACUGUGUUUACCGCGGCAUUCACAGCUUGGUAUUGAUGGGAUUUUAGAAGCCAAGCCUUAUUUUCCUAUCAGAGAGCCAAAAUUAGCCUCUCCGGAGGAUUACGGAUAUUCAGCCCAUUGA